AUGGCGGAGUUGAUCGAGAAUAAAAAUUGGUCAGCAGAAGAAAAUCAGAAUUUGCAAUCCAUUAUAAUCUAAAUGAAUUUGAACUAAAACUAAAAAUCACUUUUAAAUGAAUAAAUUCAAAGAUUUUAGAAUUCAGAAAAAGUCAUAUAGUUACUUCUGGAACACUUUAAUAAUUGGGAUAAAUUUCAAGAGUGCUUGAUUAAAGAGAUGUCUCAAACUAUUGAAAUUGAAACAGAUUGGACCCAUUAAGAAUUAUUAAAUUUACAUUAGAGAUUAUCUUAAUAAAUUGAAAGUGAAGAGGAAAUUAAUGAAAUUAUUUAAUUUGUUUAAUUAAAUAAAAUAAAUGUAAAAAUUGUAGAGGAGGCUACAAAAUUUGAGUUUAAAACAGCUAACUAAUUUAUGUAAUUAGUAGGUAUUAUUUUUGAAUAAAGCUUAAUUAAAGAUAAAUAAGAGCUAAUCAUUACUUAACCCAAUACCGAACAAGAUCAAACAUCAUAAGAGUAGACAAUAAAGGAUCUCUUUUAAGAAUUUAAUUCAAUUAAUUAAAGAUCUAAUGAAGAAUUAUAAAAUUUACUUUAAUAAGUGUAUUAAUCGCUUAAUAACAAACAAGAAUUAGAUUUAAACUUUGAUAAUUUUACAAGCUCUCCACAAUUACAGUAUGAAGAUCUAAUAUUUUUGUGUUUAAAAAUAAAAGAACACUUUUCAUAUUAUCCAAGACCAGUCUAAUUAUUGUCAGUAAUAGAGUUAUACAAUCACAAUCCUAAUUAAGGACGAUUGGCUUAAAUUUUUACUGGGGAAGGAAAAACUCUAAUCAUAGCUUUGCUUGCAAUUCUGUUGAGUUAAAAGAAAAAUUCUAAUGUUGAUGUAGUAACUAGCUCUCCUGUUUUGGCAACUAGAGAUGCCGAAUAAUUGGAAGAAUUUUAUAAAAAAUUUUAAGUUUCUGUAUCUCAUAAUAUUGGUGGAUCAAAAAAAGUUCCUUAAGGAAUGCUACCAUGUUAUAAUUCCAAAGUAAUUUAUGGAGAUCCUCAUAGUUUUUAAGCUGAUAUUUUAAGACAUGAAUAUUCAGAAAGAGGAACUAUGGGUGAUAGAAAAUAAGAAUAUAUUAUUGUUGAUGAAGUUGAUUCUAUGCUUAUUGAUGGAAAUAGUAAUAAGACAUUAUUAAGUUUUAUGUGCCAGGAAUGCUUGAUUUAAAUAAGGUACUCAGAUUAAUCUGGGAUGAAAUAUGUAAGACAGAACAAAACUUAUCAACAGAAUAAAAAGUUAUGA